GUCGGAACUCGGUUAAGAUAGGCUUUUGGAUGCUCGAAUUCUGCGGUCAUGCGCGCAGCAAGCAGCAAGAUAGCACUCGGAUAGAGGGGUCUUGCCCAGAGCCUAUGUGCUUCCCUUCUCCGCGAUGAGAUGGAGUGCCCGCAGAUCAUCAACUCGGAGCAUGGAUCCUGCCGCCGCGAGAUCGACGAUUCACGCGCCAUAGCGACGUCCCACGCGUCCGGCUCGUAUACGAAUCUGGGCCCUACCACCACCACAGGUCCCAGAAAGUUCGCGCCGCCAUCGGCGCUUCGAGCUCCCGAGCUGUUGGGCGUGGCGAGUCGACGCCGGCAACUGCCGCACAUGUUGGAACGCCGGGUGAUUGAUGUAUGCUAUGCACGACGGCUUGUCUGCGCAGCCAGCGCGCUGUGUCAGGAACGACUCCGGGUAUUCGCCUCCGGUUCCUGGAGAUCCCGCUCUGAACGCCCUGAAAAACAACGGAUGAUAAUCGUCUUGACGGGCUGUGCGGGCGGGAGCACGAACCCGGUAGUGCCGACGGAGACGAAUCGUUCGGCACGAGCUUCGACGAUAAGCUCUGGAGGGAUAUUUGCGUGGAACCAGCCGCAGGGGAUGCAAGAUAACGGUUGUGUGGCUUCCUACCUGCCUUCUACCCAGAGCAUCGAUUCGGCCGACUCGAUAGACUGGGAGAAGUGUACAUAUCAGCCGGCUGACAGGACGCGCAUCUCAUCGAGUGACAUCAACCACGUUCGUUCGUUCGUGACCCAAAGCAAAACAAAGCGACCCGGCUCAGUCGCGGUGAGUCGGGUCUGGGGCCUCGACCCCUGUCGAUGCGGAGAUCGUUGGCGCACACACCACGCAUUUCAUUCUAGAUCUACAUCGAUGAUCCGAGAGCUGGAGGCGACGGCGACGCGACGACGCGGAGGAGGAGGGGAGCGGGGAAUCAUCGAUGACGCAAUGCACGGCUGCGCAAGAAACUUGUCGCUCGAUUGAUGUCAUGAUCUUCAUAGGCAUAAAAUGGCGUUCUUCUCGAGAGCAUUGCAUGAGGAAGCGUCCAGAGCCGACGAGAGAACCGGGCAGGCUCGGAGUGGAACAGCUUUGGAACGAUUUCUGAUCGUUGUUUUGGCUCAUCGAGGACAGCGUCGGCUUGCAACGGGAAGCUAAAGCUCAGAGGAUUAG